UAGUACCUAUGAAAUGAUCUGUCGGGCAGCUGAUCAACAAGCCCCGGUUGCAGCGGUGAUUAUGGAGAAGAAAAUCAGCCGUCUGGAGCUCAGCAGUGUGGAGUGGACCUUGAUGGAGAAGGUGAAAGACGUGCUGAAGCCACCCAGGCGCUGUCAACAGAAAACUACCCAACAGCAUCAGCGGUCCUCCCCCUGCAGUAUGUGCUUCUGACACAACUGAAACCCUCCACCGAUGACCCGGCAGGCGUGAAAGAGAUGAAAACAAUGAUGUCAACUGAUCUGAAGGCGCGAUAUGGCCCCGACAAAGAUGCAUUCUUGCUACUGAACACAGCCAGCUACCUCGACCCGCGGUUUCACCGACUGGUUCAUUUAGAACAAGAGUCACGGCAGGCAGUGCGAGAUAAGGUUCAGAGGGAGCUUGCAAAGGUCAGCGAGGAGACAGGCGGAGAGGAAGGCCCUGGCCAAGAUGAGAACGCCAGGACUAGGGAGCAGCGCAAGGAAAAGAACGCACUUAGCGCGAUGGGGGACCUCUUUGGCGAUGUGUACUGCCAAAACUUGGCAGGAGUCAGACCGAAUGAAGAUGUGCUCCAAAGAGAAAUGAUGGCCUACGACAGUGAGCUCCCACCCCCGUCUGACAGCAACCCGCUGUCCUGGUGGAAGGAGAGAGGCCCCAAGUACCCCCAUCUCGCUAAGCUGGCACGCAGCUACCUGGCAAUAUGCGGGACAUCCGUGCGGGCGGAACGAGUGUUUUCCACCGCGGGGAACAUAGUCACAAAGCAACGCUCUUCUCUAGAGCCAGAAAAUGUGAAUCACCUCGUGUUUUUGGCGAACAAUUUAAAAAACUCUGCAUAACAGCCAGAUAGCCCAAUGGCGAGUUCUAAUUUAGCCAUAGGCUACAUGUUUGAUUGAUGCUCUGCAUCUUGACGUGUUCUACAUUUACAAAGUUUUUGGUAAUUGUUGU